CAUUUUUUUUUUAGUACAAAAUUACCGAAUUGGAUUGUGAAGUGCAUUUAUAUCCACUAUAAACAAAAUUGCCAAUUUAUUAAUAUCCACCGCGAAAAUGUCUCGAUCGGUGCGUGCAGAGACGAGAAGUAGAGCCAAAGAUGAUGUUAAACGUGUAAUGCACGCCGUGGAUAAAGUCAGACACUGGGAGAAAAAAUGGGUCACAAUUGGUGAAACCACCAUGAAGAUCUUCAAAUGGGUGCCCAUUUCCAGCAGUGAGCAGAAAAAGAAGAUCUCCAAGGGGGAAAACAAGGAGAACCUCAAGGCAAUAGAACAUCGAGAUCGGGGCACUUUUGGCGAGGACUCCAACACUUGCUUCUCGAUGGUCAGUGAUUCGCAGGAGUUUGUGUCCAGCAUGCCAUUUUCUGAGGAUUCCAAUUCACAAGGAAGUGAAGAGAAUCCCACGCCGACUCAUAAACGUCUCAAAGCCGAAUGACGAUCAUAGGCAGGGGCAUCUUUUGAAUUUCCUCAGCAAUUUUAAAGUUUAAAAGUUGACAAGUUGCAUUACUUUUGCAAACAUCUCCACGGAUUUGUCCAUGACGCUGGAUGAUUUGAUCCAAUCGUUUGAUGAUAUUUGCGUGGAUUGUGUGAGAUUUUCAGAAUAUUUCUGUAUUUUACGUAAGAGUCUGAGAACAUGGGUGGAUUAUGAGUAUGUAUAAAUUUGAGUAAUAAAUUAUCCUGUACUUAG